UCUUUACACAAAAGUGUGUGGUAAAUUUCAAAUGUUGUUUAUGAAGUUGUUAUGUUUCCUCGCGUGCACGAUACGCGUGGAUUCUGUGAGGUCGGUGGCGGGCGGGAGGCUGGAUGAACUGGAGGCGGCAGUUGGCACCCUUUUCGGUACCGUAGACUCUCUUCUGGCUGAGCGGGCUCGUGACAGCAACCGGAUAUCCGCCCUUGAGCGACGGGUGGACGAACUAACACACUCUUGCUUGGAAAACAGAACAAAGAGGUUUUUGCUCGACGGCGAGGGACAGGUAGCAUUCAUGGUCGGUCUCCAACAGUCAGACGAUCACCUGACACCCGACGACAUCGUUCCAUUCGACAGUAUCGUCACCAACGAGGGUGGCGGCUACAACGCGGGGCUACACGUGUUUGUGUGCCCCUUGCGAGGCGUAUACGCCUUUCAGUCCUCCCUGAUGGCCGACUACCACAAGCACAUAGAGACGCAGCUGGUGAAGGAGGGGAAAGUGCUGGCGCACAUGUACGCCGCGGGGUCCACUGCCGGGCACGGGUUCGACCAGGGUUACAACAGCGCCGUGACGCGCUGUGAGGCGGGUGAGCACGUGUGGGUGAAGCUCCGAGGCGCCAGCGGCACAACCGUGGUCGCCGACGGCUUCUCCACGUUCUCGGGCUACCUCCUGUGGGCUCUCUGAUAAAGACUGCGUACUUGUAAAUAGUAUUAAACAUAGAUAGUUCAAGUUUUGUGUCAAUAAUUAUGAAUUUCGCAAUACGCAUUCU